CUGCUCCGGUGACCUCGCGUCACCAAACAUGUAUGAAACAGAUGGAGCUGACGGAUGUCCUUUUUGCGGCUUGUCGAGAAGUGCUGCCCCUUCAGCAGGCAGAGAUUGUGCUGGAACCAGGCGAGGGCGCUCUUGCGGACGCUCUCGGCGACGGCGCCUUCCGGAGUCGCGCGCCACGCACCAUUUUCCACAGGAUGCGUGGUGGCCAACAAGUCCUGGAGUAUGUUUGCCCCUGCCCAGCGCUAGGCGGUUUACCCAAGUCGUGGCGCUUCGAGUCAGCAAAAGAACUGGCCUCCGCGAUCGUCGUGCAUUUAGACAUGGAGGGCCUCGCGGUGCACAUCACUCGCUUGGGAGAGUUCUUCAUGGUCACAAAGGAUCACUUGGCCUGGCAGCAGAAGAAAGGUGCCACGCUCAGGCCGUUUUCCAUGCGCCUGUUGACAAGUUUGAGGUCAGCUCCUUUGCGCAGAUUGUGGGAAAUUCUAUGCUGGAGAGCGGGGUUUGCAAGAUCACCAGCGCCAAAAACAUGGCAAGGCUGGAGACACCGACCAGGGAACUCCGCGAUGCGGUGAGGGAGAAGCCGACCUGUCACCCGCUGGAGAAACCUUCGAUGCGCCGGAAGUCGUUGUCCAGCGCGAUUCUUUUUCUUCGCAACGUUUUGGAGCGAAGUGUGGGAUGUUUCGCUGUCACUUGUCUGAAGGCAGUCGAAGCAGCAUUGGCCGUGG